UUUUGUUAUAUAGUAUAGCCUGGAUAGGAUGUCAACAGACAUUGGCUUCCAUCCCCAUCACCCCAAACAUCUUGAAAUUGCCCCCCCCCACCUUGCACGACUGAAACUUACAGCUAUGUCUGAACUGCGUAAACGCCAGGGUCCUGGCAAAUCUGCUGAUACGGACCCUCAAAAUGUUCCACCCCACAGAAGUGCUUCUGUACUGCCUGGAUUUGGCUGUUCUCGUCUUGUAAUCCUGAUAUUUCUUGCUGUCUUUGCGGCUUGGUUCCUAUCCUCCGAGGAAACUUCGUCACUCUCACAUUCUUACGCCGUUUGCUCCUCAUCGGGUGCUCGUGUUUACACUAUGGAUCAUGUUGUGCCGAACGUUCAGUGCCUUGUUGUGGAUGGCUCUUUAAUAGUGGACACUGGUUCCUUAGAGGAUGUCAUGGCACGUUGGGUUGCCAAAGGUCGCCUUCGUUCUUCUCUUCAAAUUCGUUAUUUGGACGAAUCUUCGAUCGUGGUUCCGGGGUUUAGUGAUUCGCAUGCACACAUUCUCGAAUAUGGUGCAGCUAAGGAGCUUCCUCUUGAAAGUGGCAAGACGAUCGAAGAUACAGUUGCACUCGUCCGACGAUAUAUUUUGGACAACGAUGACAUACUCAACGACUCUUCAAAAAUUAUUGAAGGUUCGGGAUGGGACCACACUUCUUGGCCAGUGGAAGAAUGGCCAACCUCGGACGCUCUAGAGAUGGAUCCGAUAGUCCGCGGCCGGCCAAUCGUCCUAAUUAGCAAGGAUGGCCAUGCAUUGUGGAUCUCGAAGAAAGCUCUCGCAUUGAGCUCUCCGUGGCCAUCGGAAGUAGAAGGUGGUGUCAUUAUGAAAGAUUCAUCUGGGACUCCAAGCGGCGUUCUUCUUGACAGUGCCCAGGACCUUGUGAAGAGACCAACUCUAACUGAACAGGACUUGCUGCGACGUUUCAAUACCACAGUCAAUGAUGCCUUGUCCUAUGGAUUAACCUCCGUUCAUGAUGCGGGGUUCAAACCUUUUUCACUUGAGUUUUUUAAAAGGCAAGCGGCGGCAGGAAAUCUUCCCAUUCGAAUUUAUGGGAUGAGAUACUUCGAGGAAAGCGGUCCUUACUGGGGAAACCUCUCAAAGCCAAUCAUCAAUGCAGGAAAUGGCAGGCUAAAUGCUCGCAGUGUUAAGAUCUUCGCUGACGGUGCUUUACGCUCUGGUGGAGCAGCGCUGAACGAGCCAUACUCUGACAACCCCCACACGAAAGGAUUCAUGCGUUUGGACCCCAAAGUUUUGACCGACGUUAUACUCCAAUAUCUAAGAGAUGGGUGGCAAGUUAAUGUCCAUGCAAUCGGGGAUUAUGCCAACAGUGUGGUUCUGGACGCAUUCGAGACUGCCUCGGAGGACGUCAAUGUAACGGCACUCAGACCUCGCCUAGAACAUGCUGAGAUCUUAACAAUGACCGACCUGGAACGUGUCGGAAAGCUUGGAGUUAUUUCCAGCGUUCAACCUACACAUGCCAUCAGUGAUAUGUGGUUUGCGGAAGAGCGUCUUGGCGCUGAGCGAGUAAAGGGUUUAUAUGCCUUCCGUUCUUUACUUGACCACGGUUCUCGACUUGCCUUGGGCUCUGACUUCCCGGUGGAAGACAUGAACCCGCUUGCUGGGUUCUAUGCAGCCAUUACGAGACUGUCUCCUGAAGGACAAUCACCCAGUGGCCCGUCGGGAUGGUUUCCAGAACAACGGCUAACUCGCAUGGAAGCCUUAAGAGGCAUGACGAUCGAUGCUGCAUAUGCUUCGUUCACCGAAGGCAGCCUUGGUUCCCUCGUUCCAGGAAAACAGGCAGACUACGUGGUGCUGUCCCAAGACAUCAUGACCGUUCCUGUCGAUCAAAUUUUACGCACCAAAGUUCAGGCUACGGUGAUUGAUGGGCGUCCUGCCUUUGGACAGGUUUAGGGUGGUGGAUGGGGGUGUGCUAGGGUGUAACCAAAGUGGUCGACUUGGAGUUCUAUACGCAGGGCGGGCUCCCUUGCUUACCCCCAAAGCACUAUGCUUGCUUUGCUUUUGCUAUCGAUGUUUUUGCUUUGCUUUUGCUUUCGAUGUUUUGUUUUGCUUUUGAAUCUGUACUUGGCGCAAUAGACCAUCGUGAUUAGUCACGGAAAUAACCGAAA